AAAAAAAAAAAAAAAAAAAAAAAGAUUACGCUACGUAUGAAUUACUGCCGGUAGACAAAACAGAAACGUUUUUAAUUUUAUUUUUAUUCACUUAUAUUUAUUUAUUAUUUUUUGUGUUUUUAUAAAUAAAUUUCUAACGUUAUGAGAUCAUGCCCAAUUACCAUAAAUCAAGAAAUCGUAAUCGAAACAAAAACAAAAAUCGCAACAAUAACAGCAACAGCAACAGCAACAGCAACAACGACAACAAUCGUCAAAAUAGACUAAACCAAAAUAAUUCUCAACAGCACUUGAAAGAUAAGGAGAAAUGUAAUGUAAAUGAGGUAGAAUCGGUUGAAAUAACGACGAAAGCUACGACCCAAUUACCGGUGAGUGCAGAGAGCGUGAGUGUCGUGAAUUUAGCAAUUGACGAGACGAACGAAAGAGAUGACGUAACCGCAAGUAACACUAUUGCGCAUAUCGGCAAUGAAGUGCAUUUAUUAUCAAAAGAGCCUAAGCCAACUAUUGGCACGUCUAGCACAGUCUCAUUUGAGCAUACAAAGGGUAACGAAGCGAUAAUUGGAUACGGUCAAGCAAAAAGCGUAGAUCCUAAUGAAAAUAUGGGUAAUAAUAAAUCGAAAGAAGUUGAGCAUAUUAAUAUGCCGAAUCCAGUGAAUGGGGAAACAAUAACUAACACCAACGACAUAUUAUUGGAAAGUAAUUUACAAAAACAACCAGUGGAAGGUAAAAUUAUAGUGCAUCGUGUUCUCUAUGAGGGAGAAAAUGAAGCAAAUAAUUCGAUUGCUUCGAAUUUAAGCGAGCACACUAAGCAAAACUCAAUUGGCCCACUUAAGAAACCUAUCGUUCAUAAUAUCCACAUAGAUCUUGAAGAAGAUGACGAGAAACCUUACGACGAUGAAUGCAAGGAGGAAAUCACGAACCGAUCACAAGUAGAAAUUUGUGAAGUAAACGAAGAUAUAAUAACAAAUGAUCUGCCAAUCGUUCAAUCACCCAUUGUCACAGAAGUUGAAUCGGAAUCAGAAGAUUUAGCUAAAAUUGAAUUUCAAGAUGAUGCCGUUAAAACUUCAGAUCACAUCUUCCAAUACGAUGAAAAUCUUGAUACAAGGCAACGAUCGAAACAGAAAAAACUUGCUAUACAGAAUCAUUUCCUACCGCAUUUUUUAAAUCCCCGCUACCUGGAUAGCAUAACGGAAGAGAACAGUGACUUGAGUGAUUAUUCCGAUAAAGUAAAAUCUCCAUUGCAACCAUUGAAAGAUCCUUUGAAAACUAAAACGCUGAACUACAAUAGCUUUAUGCAAGCAACAAGUACUCCGUUAAUAGUUGAGACGCGUAUUACGGAAACGCCGGGAGCCGAUGAAAGCUGUAGUAUUCUAGAGUGCUCACAGGCCGUAAAACCUGAAGCAGCUGAAACGAUUUUCAUAAAUUCUGCCUCAAGUAGCAUAACCGAUUUAUUGGAUUAUGAGAAUAUGGAAAUAAAUAGUCGAACAGUACAUGAUACAGACACAGUAAAUAUAUCCAGUAAAUCUCAAAGCGAAGAAACACCUGCUAAUAAGAAAACACCAACAGCAAUACCGAUACUAACAACAACAACGAUAUCAGAUUUGCAACCAGAUUGCAUUGAUGACAAACAAAUCGUCCAAAUAGCAGAGAACAUGAUCAUGCGAUCGUCAUCUCCCCGUAACAUUGAAAAUGCUUCAGCGAAUAGUAAUGAUCUCGUGGCAACCACUGUGGUGCUCUCUUCCUCAGAACACAUGCCCAUAAAUCCAAUAGCCGAGAGAAAUGAAAACUUUGAAAAUUCAGUCGCAUUAAUUAGUUCAUCCUCCAAUGGUUGCGAAACGUUAAACAGUAUUUUAAGUGUCGAUCAUAAGACGAAACAGCAAAUUCUCUUUGAAAACGAAAUGAAUAACGUGCGUGCAUUAUUAAUUAGCGAAAAUUCAUUAAAUACAAACGGUAAAAGAUCAAGCGAUAUUUUGCAAAAUAACAAUAACAAUAAUAGUAAUAAUAAUAAUAAUAAUAAUAUAACAAUCCUUACAAAAGACUCACCUCCUACACCUACCCUUAGUUUAACAACUGCUAGUGAAUCAAUCAUUGUUAAAUUGAACAGUGAUCCCGUUCAUCGGAAUUCCGAUACCCAUUUAGAUGAAAAUAAUUGCAGUGCAGGCAAAACUAUCAAUGCUGACACAACAAAAUCUAAUAAAUCUGUUACUGAUGCGCAGUCCUCAAUUUCAGAUGUCAACGGUGCUACGUGCACGUUGAAACAACAUGGAAAUGCUGCUACAAAUUUAUAUUUCACUUACCCUGAAAAGCUAAGAAUUUUGUGUGCAGAGAAAUUAGAAAGUUUACCGUACGGUCACGCAGUUCUAGAAGAGUUGGCCAAAAUAUCCCAAAAUAUUGGCGAAGCUAAAGCUGUCACAUCAAUAAGACAGACAAGCGCUUCAUCAAAGGACGUCAAGAUGCCUUAUCCGUUGCCUUCAAUGCCGCAUAUUAAAGACUUGCAAUUGCAUCUACAGUCCAGACAGGAGGGGACAAAUACUUUACCGUCAUGCAAACCGGAAGAAAAAUUGCAUUCUCAGACAUGGACAGGAAUACCUACAAAUUCCGAUCCGAAAGUUUUGGUAUGCAUAUCGCCUUCGCAACGUUCUUAUAUGGAAAAACAUGUAGAACAACAACCAGACGAUUUACUUAGUGCUCACCAAAAAUUCAUUGAACGACGCGGCUAUUAUGAAUACACAAAAAGUGAAAUUGAAGCUAUGGAAGAAGAGAAACGUGCAGAAAAAGAUGUCCUUCAAAUGGCGGCGCAUAUGAAAAAAUUACGUAAAAGUCUAACACCUACACCACCACCCAUACCACCACCGCCAGUACCUACAAAAAGUUUGGAAACGUCCGUAAAAGCUUUAAACUCGAUGAAUCAAGCAAUUACUGGCGACAUGAAAAAAGCAACAGAGAAGAAUUCGCGAAACAAUGCAGAUAGCGUAAAUAAAGAGGAGAAUAUAAAACAUUUAUUAGAAAUAUUGAAUAAUACUAACGAAGCAAACCAAAAGCAAAUACCAGAUAUCAUGUCAUCAUUGCCUGAAAAUAGCUCAAGGCAAACGAAUUAUAAAGUCGACGGUAAUGUCAGCGGUAUGCCAGGAACUCCGCAAACAAACGCAAAUAAGCAUUCGCAGCAGCGCGAUCAUUUCAACGCAUCCGAUAGGUAUCGUAAAGAUUCUUCGAAUAUGGAAAUCGGUUUUAAGCUCAAGCCUACGUAUUCCGAGACACUACCACUCAAUUUUGAAUCUAAAUCGUAUUCAAAAAUGGAAACAAGUUCGUAUGAAGCUAAGAAAAGAAUCGAAAAUGGAAAAAUUGUAUGCGAUACGUCCGAAUCUAAAUAUGACAAACGUAUCGAAACAGAUAGUAAUAAUAAUAGUAAAAGCAAUAGCAGCAACAAUAAAAGAGAAUCGAAUGAAAGUAAUUUUUCGAAAAGUGAGCAAAACAAAACAAAAACACAAACAACGGAUGCAACAAACAAAUUGAAAGAACCCAUACCACCUUACGGCAUAGAAAUUAUGUCAGAUAUAAAAUUAAACAAUAUCUCUGAAAUUACGAAAGAAACAAAAAAUUCGGCGCAUUCGAUUGCUCUUGAUUGGGAUUAUGAGAAAAAUAUGAAGAGUGACGCGGCAACAGAGCAUCAAGAGCAUCGUAAGACAAACGUAGAGAAUGAAGCACAAAAUUUAUGCAAAGAAUUCCGGCAAAAUGCCAAAACGUCAGAUCUGCUCGAUCGAUUGAAUACGAAAACGAGCGCAACUACAAAUGUGAUUAAAGAUCAAGUGACGUCACAGCCUUCAUUAUCUUCAUCGUCCUCAUUUACUUCUGACCAUGAAAAAUUACUUAAAGAGUUUGAUGAAUUAUCGAAAAGGUUGCAUAACGAACUGGAAACGAAUAGUUGGCAAAAGCGGCAACGUGAACUCUCAUCUUCCAUGUUCGAUUUGAGUACGCUUCAAAUGAAACAGAAGCAACACUUUGAGGAAUUUAAGCGAAGACGUCAUGAGCAUAUGAAAGAAUUAGAAAAAGAAAUCGAGAAAUCAAUAAAAUCGCGUCAACUAAAAUUCGCUGAGAAAUUGCAAAACGGCCAGGUCCAUAAUGUGCCGAUUCGCAUCGAAACUGAUGAUAUCCAAAAUGAUUCUUCUUUCAUUGAUGCAAAGGAGGAAAAUAAUCGCGAGAAUGGUAGAGUUUAUCAAAUUCCCAUAAAAAUUGAAAAUACCCAAAAUGAUCGUCAGUUGCUUCGGUCCGAAUCAAUGUUUAAUUUGGGUGAAGAACAACAUAAAAGAGUGCAUAAGCCCUACGCUAAUCAUAUGAAUCAAGUGGAUUCUAAUGUCAAUAAUUGGACUAAACAAAGACAAGAUUUCGGAUUGUCGGAAAAUAUUACUAGACCAUUUGCCCGUGAAGUUGAAAUCUGUUACCAACGACAGAGCCCAAGGGUGAUAAGAGCUCCACGUUUAAAUGACGCACCGAAUGAUUCGUCUCUCGAGAGUAAUGCGUCUACCAGCCAUCAUACUUCCAAACGGUUUAGUGCUCCUAUGUUUACGGAAAGAGAGCGGCCUUCACACCAUGCCAGCUGUUAUUCGAUGAUCGAAAGGGAUCCACAUCCCACUUAUAUUAGUACAACGACAAGAAGAGGUGUUUCCCCAGCCCCAACUCAGGUGAGCGGAAAUCAGCCAGAUGUUUCGCAAAGACGUGACUCUCUACCGAAAAGCUUCCAUGACCAAAAACUUAAGCACUUAAGCGAUAAAGAAAACGCAUUACGAGCAGAGUUUGAACAAUUACAGAAUGAGCGGCGUCGUCUUCUCGAAGAAAUACAAACCGGCGAAUCUUCAAGUCAUUCGUCAGCGUUCAAUACUAUGCACGAAACUUAUAGGUCUAUGCAAAGGCUACCUACUCUUACGGAGAACGAAGUGUUCCGCCAGCAAAUGGCCGAAGAAUGGUUAAGCAAAGUAGCCGAGCGAGAAAAGCGCCGUCUUCAGAAAGUUGUUAAAAUAUCCAAAAUUAGUGACAAUAGCGAGACUUUCAACAAAUCAACUUCAACUUUAACCAGCACCGGUCAGGCGACGGACGUGGGGUCCGAGUUUUUGAAACGUGUAAAGGAGAGACGUUCCAAAUUGGCUAUACCUGCUGACAGCGAUUGGGAAUCGGGAGCGGAAUCGCAACCUAUCAAUCAGAGUCAAACUAGCGAGGCUGAGGAUGUAUCAUCCGUGAAAUUUAUUGAGGGUAAAGCCGAAGCGAAGCCAAGUCAGUUGCCAAAGCAUUUGCGCGAAUUUGCUAAAUUUUCAACGGCGCAACAAGAUCAAUUGGAUGGAAAUGAUCAAAAGGAGCACUUCGAAGAAGAGGAACAAAGUUCCGAAAUUACUGAAAAUUCGAUUAGCAAAGCGCUUAAAAAAUCAUGGAUGACGAAAACUGUUAAAGUGUCACGAUCAAGCCGGGAUAAUGGACAGGAUCAAAAAGACGGUGGAAAUCAACUCAAACCGAAUCUAACAACAAGAAGGAAGACAUCCUCAAAGCAAAAGCAUGCCGAACUAACGAAUACGCACAAUUGUAAACGACUUAGCUGCUCUGAAAGCGAUUUGCUUAACGAAAUUGAUAAGGAUUUAAAGUUGGCUAAAGGAUUUUUAUUCAAAGAUGAAGAUGUGCGAACUUCGUAUACACUCUCACCAAAGUUCAAGGCCAAAGCUCUGUGUGGAACAGGCAUAUGGUCACCCAAAAAUGAAACGCCUUCAUCCUCUUUUUCGAAUUUAAGUGAAAUCAGAUCGGAACCGCCAACACCUCCGCCACCGCCCUCACACCCAGUUUGGACACCCAAAUCUUCGCCGCAAGUAACACGCAAAGAAUUUCGACCGAUACAAUUUGAAUCUCCUCGACCAUCCCGUAAGUUUACGGUUGAAAAUGGUACGGAAGUAACUCAGCCGCCGUGGAAUAGGAGGGAGAACAUAGAAGACUCCGCCAACAGCGAAAAUAUAAAUAUAUCAGCAAGCACAGCCAAAGAAACUCGAAAUUUUUCCGAGUCUCAAGUUGAGGUAAAGGAGAUUUUGUCAUCAGAUAUUACCAAGGGUAGCGUUUUGGAGAAAAUAAAAACCUUUGAAAAAUCCUCAUCAGCGUCCGAUGUAAACAAAAGUUUAGAUAAUAAUCAUAGAACAAUUUACAAACCCAACGACGUUCUUUAUAAUGUUAAACACGUAUAUAUGAGCGAACCGGAAUCGAUAAAUGAAUGCCCAAAGAAAAUGGCACAGUUAGGCCGCCGUUUAUGUGAUGGCAUUGGUCCUGUAACCAAUGACGGUAUGCCAAUCGUCUUAAGAUCGGAAGUGAAGGAACCGCAUCAACACGAAUGGUACAAACGUCUCUAUCAAACCAUACACAAGCAGAAACAUGGCGAUGACUAUUUGAUUCGAUACAAAUGUCCAAAAGGUCGAAAGCUGCAGCAAUACAGUGGAUAUCAAUCAGAACCGGAGCCCGCAAAAGAAACAGAUUACUCAACAAUAAAAUAUCGUACAACAAAUCCACAACGUUUAGUGUCUGUCUCGUCAAAUGUUAAUUUGCGCAACAGUACUAGCAACAAUAGCUUUCAUGGUCUUACAUCAGAACCAAUUAAAUCGGGAUAUGGUACGUAUAAAAACCAACCUGGUCGCAUAGAAAAUUAUAUCACAGGCCAUUCGUCAAUAUCAGAGAAAGAAAAGAAAAGGUGGUGGGACGAAGUAAUGGACAUCUUCAAUAAUGUGCAACUCGACCAAACGAAACUAUCUUCGCAUGCCAACGACGGAAAUCUCGCCAGAGCUCUUUCAUUAGAAUCUGGUUAUACAAGUGAUUCAAAUUUGGUGUUUCGCAAGAAAGAAGCAACGCAGAGCAGCACUUUGGGUCCCAUUGAGCAAAAAAUUGCCUAUAGGAACGUGCAAGCCGGUGGCGAACCGCCAUUGUAUGGUUUUCGUAAGCCAGCACCCGAAAAACUUAAAGUUUCGCCGAAUCUUUAUCACGAAUCCGAUGUGAGUAUAUAUUUUAAGACGCCCGUAUGUCAGGAGCCAAGGUCACCACCGAUGACCGACGAAGAGUUGGCGUCACGCCAAGCUGAAUAUAUGCAAAAACUUUAUCAGGAGGAACGCCGUCGCAAGUACCUGCAAGAGCUGCAAGAUAUGAAUGCUCGUCGCCACACCGACAAUUUUACACCGUCACAAAAAUCCCCAAUCGCCCUUAAUCGUUACGAUGAUUUUCCAGCCGAUUUGGCGCCAAAAUCGCCGCUUAAACAAGAUUUACAAACCAAAGCUGUAGCUCGGGCCCUUUACAAUUUCCAGGGACAAAAUCCGAGAGAACUUUGCUUUAAGAAAGGCGAUAUCAUAUAUAUAAGGCGAACUAUUGAUAAAAACUGGUAUGAGGGUGAACGAAAUGCCAUGGUCGGCCUCUUUCCAGCUAAUUAUGUUGAGAUCAUCAGCAGAGGAGAGAUACAAUAUUUAAAACAACAAACGCGACAAAAGCCAUCAGAAGGUCAAGCCCGAGCAAAAUAUAAUUUUCAAGCACAAUCUGGCAUUGAAUUAUCGCUGAAUAAAGGAGAAUUAGUUUCUCUAACGCGACGAGUAGACGAAAAUUGGUUUGAAGGUCGAAUAGCUAACAGAAAGGGCAUCUUUCCCGUUGCCUAUGUGGAGGUACUUAUCGAUAUUGGAGCUGAGGAUGUAGUCACGCGGACGGAUCGCACAACGCACCGCCAUAUGGACACGCUUCGUUCCAAUAUUAAUCAAGAAUUCAACACACUUAUCCGCCAUGGCUAUCACACUCAAACUGGUACCAAUAAUUAUUUCCCAAAAGGAGCUUCGCAGAAGAACAAAACGGACAUUUUACAUGUCGACACCAAUGUCGAACCAAUAGUAUAUCGAGCUCUGUAUAAAUAUCAGCCACAGAAUUCCGAUGAACUGGAGCUGUUCGAAGGUGAUUUGGUGCAUGUUUUAGAGAAAUGCGACGAUGGUUGGUAUGUUGGCACUUCUCAACGUACCGGUUGCUUUGGCACAUUUCCCGGAAAUUAUGUCGAGCGCAUUUAAAGACGACAGUUUUUAGUCCGGGUGGAGUUCGCUUUAAUAUUUUUUUUUUUUUGUUUUUUUUUAUUUGGUUAACAAUAAUAAAUUGCUAGUUAAAGGCUUAAAUGCUUCAGGCACAAUUUUGAACUAAUCGUUUGGUGGUGGUGUUGUAUUUAUUACCCUAUUGUGUUGCCAAUAUAUUUAUUUAUUGUUUAAAUUUUAUUGCACAAAUAUACGUAUAGAUAAAUUUUUGAAUUGAUUUCCCCUCCUCUCGGAAACUAAUACAACUGAUCAAA